CACACUGUUAUAUUAACUAGGACUCGAUUACAGGAAAGCUUUAGAGUCAGAAUGCAGUUAAUUGAUGAUGUGGAUCUGAAGGAACACACGGAGACGACAAAUAAUGAAGCCAAACGUCUCUCGCACUCCAUUGAGGAGAUACUGAAAAAACCUUCAGCACUGAAAGACAAAUCAGAAGGCAAAGUGAGGAAAGUGAAGACGGACGCUGCUAAAGCCAGCCAGUGCACAGGUUCAGGGCGUGGGUCUGGUCACCGGCGGGUUCGGACCACCUUCACUGUAACUCAGCUGCAGGAGCUGGAGAGAGUUUUUCAGGACACACACUAUCCAGACGUGCAGACCCGAGACCUGCUCGCCUGCCGCACACAGCUCAGUGAAGCACGAGUGCAGAUUUGGUUCCAGAACCGACGAGCAAAGUGGAGGCGCAGUGAAGCUAAAGCUGCUAACAGACCUUUAACACUGAUGACAGACCAGAAACACACUUCACACACACAGACACCUCCACUCUGUCUGCCGUAUUUGGGUUUUGCACAGAAGCUCUGGCUGCCGAACUCCAUCUGUCCAGCCUUCAGUUCUCCUCCAUUCACAGCAGCACAACAUUCACACUUCUGACCGCUUAAAAACAGACACUUUCAGCCUCAGUGUUGAGGAGAUACAGAUUUCUGCAUCUCUGCUGCGCUUCUGUAUCAUAACAUGUGUAAAUAAGCAUGCCUCUAUCAUGCAUUUUGUAUAUAAAAACUUCUUUAUUUUUAUUUUAAAAACAAAAUCACAUGAACAACUUGUAAAUGAGUUUCCUUAAUGCUUCCAGUGUCCGGUUUACCUAAGUUAUAAUGCAACUGUAUACAGUAGCUACUCUAUAAAAAUGCUGGAUUAUUUCAACCCAAUUUUUUUUUUUUUGUAAAUUAUAGGCAAAACCAACUUUUUUAUUAUUUAUAUGCCCAAAUGUAACCCAACAUGUAGGUUAGUUCAUAUUUGACCCAAUAUAAAUUGAAAUAAUCUAGAAUUUCUUUUAGAGUAAUUAAAUUAUUCACUGGAAAAUUAAAGUAAGGCAUUACUGUUCAUGUAACAUUUACUUACAAUAUACCUGUCUUAAAUACUGCACAAAAAUGCUGGGUUGUUUUAACCCAAUGCUGGUUCAAAUGUUGAAAAAUCUAAUUUAAAUGUCAUUCAAAAAAUAAACCCAACUGGUUUUUCCAUUUUUGACAGAAUUCAUUCAUUCAUUUUCUUUCAGCUUAGUCCCUUUAUUAAUCUGGCGAUUAAGCGAUUUUUAAAGAUAAUACACAUCCCCUUUACUCAGCUUUUGAAGUGUUACCAUCAGGACGCAUAUUUAGACUUCCUUAAGCCCGAAGAAAUGCUUAUAAAAAGUCAUUUAUCCCAAUUGCAGUUGUUGUCUUAAAUCGGAUCACUGUUUGAGGUGAAUGUGGUGGUUGUCAGGAAUGAUCUGCAGUAAUAUGUAUGGUUUUUAGAUUGUUGUGUUGCUAUUGUGUGAUUGUUGUCCGCUGUCGCCACUGGCUUGCAUGGUUUGGGAUAUGUAGAGCUGCGCAUCGUUGGAUUUGCUCUUCAGUGUUUGGAAUCUCAGUAGUGAUUUUUAAACCGCACUGAACUGAGCUAAACUGAACUGAACUUAAUCACUAAAAACUGAACUACUCUGUUCCAAUUUACUGUGACCUUUUAUGUGAAGCUGCUUUGACACAAUCUACAUUGUAUAAGCGCUAUACAAAUAAAAGUGAAUUGAAUUGUU